GCAGAGUCCCCGAUGCAGCUUCCCGUGGCCACCGGCCAGGCCGAAGUGCAGGCGGAAGAGAGGCCAGAAGAUGCGCUAGAGGCUCCGCCGAAUCCCGAGCCGGAGGCGCAGGUGGAGCCGGAAAAGAAGGCUGAGGAGGAAGGGUCGGAGCAGGAGCGGCUUCAAGCGCUGUGGCUGCAGCUGCAGCAGGGGCAGCGGGAAUGGCAGCAGAGGCAAGCAGGCGUGGAG